ACAUGGAUGGCGAUACACACGGCCUUGUUUAUAAUGGCAACGUCAUAAAGCCUGCAGAGGCAGUAAGUGCGCCGGAGGUUACCUUCGAUGGAACGAUUGAUCCAAUAACAGGAAAGAAAUCUGAAGGUGAUUUUUUCUGGACGCUUGUUGCCUCUAACCCAGAUGCACACUUUUCCGACAGUUCAUCUGAAUAUGUACACUGGUUUAUAUCGAAUAUUCCAAAUGGUGACGUUAAGAAGGGUGAAGUGCUCGUAGACUACUUACCACCUUUUCCACCAAAGGGCGUGGGCUAUCAACGUAUGAUCUUUGUGCUGUACAAACAAAACGGCAAAUUAGAUUUCAGCAAAUACAAGCUGCCUACGAGCGACAAGUAUAAUUUGGAGAAGCGUACAUUUAAAACACUUGAUUUCUAUCGCGAACAGCAGGAUAAUAUUACACCAGCUGGAUUGGCAUUUUUCCAAAGCGAUUGGGAUAGCUCACUUACAAAGUUCUACCACAAUGCUUUGAAUAUGAAGGAGCCGAUAUUCGAAUAUGAUUUCCCCAAGCCAUACCUGGCUGAUCAGAAAUUCUUCCCUCUUAAGCAGGCGUUUAAUUUGUAUCUGGAUCGCCACCGAGACCCUAAGGAAGUUAACAAGGAAUACCUAGAACGCAAAUUAGCGAAAACGCAUCCUUUUGAAGGUCCCGAAAAACCGUUGCGUUUUCCAAAUGCACAUCCAAUACGUGGUGUGCCUUCAUGGUUAAAGACAGAAAUACGCAAACGUCGACUGGGCAUCGGUCGCAUUAAUGAUUACAAAUAAGCGAUGUAAUUCUAAAUUUGGCGGUGUGUUUUACAGUUUAGAAAAAAUAUAGUAAACGUUA